AUGUCCCUGGAGUUCCUUGGCUUGCCAUGCGACCCAGACAUCAUCGAGCGGCGAAUUCAUCCAUAUGGUGAUGUGGACCUAGGCGAACUCCCUGCAGAAUUGGCAAAAUUCGCCCGGCAUGUGGGCUUCCUUGCUCAGCACUACAACUUCGGGACGCUGGAGCAGCUCCAACAGUAUCGUGCAAUGGGGUGCGCUGUGAUCGUGAUGUUGAACUACAACGGUGGGACGGGGCACUUGGUCAAUCUGCUGGGUUUCGAUGCCGAUGAGGAGGGGAUCGUCGGUGUUCGGAUUCGCAAUCCGUGGGGGUUUGACGAAACCAUCCCGGUCGAGCGCUUCUUGAACGAGUGGCGCCAUCUGCGGCAGAGCAGGAGCUCCAUGUUGGGAUAUAUGUUGCCCGUUUUCGAUGCCGGCUAUGCAGUGGUGUCAUCGAGUGGUGGUUUGCCCGCCACGCCGAUGGUGGAUUGGCUCCAUUCGGCUCCGGUGGAUGUUCUCAUCGCAUCUUUGAACGGCGUCGGAGGCAGCAGAACGACGAUGCGCCGUCAUUGGCUCCCAGGUCUCAGCCAGUUCUUCGGCAAUCUUCUUGGUGUUUUGGGUGGAGCGGGAGCCUACGCAGUCGGCAACCUCAUCGGUUUGAAUAUCCUCUUCGUGGGCGAUGAUUGUCUGCGUUUGCGGAAGGACAGCCUUAUUGGCCGCAUGCUCGUCGCAGCGGGCUGGUCCUUCUCUGUGGCGGGUGGCCUCCUUGCUGCUGCCGUGUGGCUUCUCCGGCAACCUAUGGUGAUGCUGGGUGAGAGGUUUGCAGGCCGCGAUGCACUUUGCGAAGCCGUAUUCGAUGCAAGCUCGCCGCGUCUGCGCCGUGCAUUAGUCCGGGCGGGAGCAGAUCAGCUUGCGUGCCAGAUUCACCUCCUCCGAAGUGGCCAUGGCGACGCAGAGUGGCAUGCCGCUGGUCGUCUGCUAGAGUUGGCGCCUGGCAGCCCCGACAGACUGGAGUCCAGUCGUGAGGGAGCUCGGGUGGACUGCCGGCGUGCGGAAAAUGGCAGCAGCAUGCAGCGACCCUUCGCAAGGACUCGGCUAGAAAAGGUUCGAGAGCUCGGCAUGGAACGAAAGAGAAAGGCUUGCGCCAGCUGGCGUGAGAUCAAUCGUGGGCGUAUAGGUCAGGAAGUGGAAGGUUGGCCUUGCUCCGCAGCUGCCAAGCGCCAGAGCGGCCAUCCCAAGGUGCCCAACCAAGAGCUGCGCAAGGUGCUGGGCAAGAACGGCAUCGGUUCUUCCAGCCCUUGCCUGAUUUCCAUUGUUCUUCUGGUGCCAGAUGCCAGGACUCGCCAGAUGGAGAUCUCGAGUGGAGAUUGGCAAGGCUGUAAAAUGCAAAGCAGCGCACAAGACGGGCCAGUUUUCCACAUGUGUGUGACCAUGUGUGCUUGUGGUGCCGGUUGCAUCGUUGCAUCUUCCCUGCUCAUUUUUGCGGGGUUAUUUGGGUGCCUUCUGGUUCCGGAGAUCUCCCGGGAGUUUCACAAAGCAUCAAUGACACAUUUUACCGGAACAGGAAUAUUCAUAUCUGGGCUGAUCUCAACAGGCCGCCACUUCACGUAUUGUCUCGGCGACUACUUGGGCUGCGUCAAGGAUGAGAUUGCGACAGAACUCAUUGAGACGUUUACGUGGGAGACAGGCAUCGGACUGGGGGCAGUCUUUGCCCCCAGCAUGGCCUUCCAUGGGGACAAAGUGGGAACGGUGCAUUUUUCGCAUUCUGCCUACAAGAGCUGGGCCCACGAUGCGGCAGCCGGCCGACCCGCGGACAUGAUGGUGGCAUCGAACAAGACGUCGCUGCCGCCAGGAGUUCUUCCAGACCUGUCUCCAGACAUUCUGCUGAACUUCGACACCGGCUCUGCUGAACACACGGCUCGUCGCAAGCUCUUGGCGGAUGCGCUUCCAGGCCUCGGGCAGGAGUUCCAACUGGACUUUCAAGUUCCCCCGGGCACAUCAGUGGACGGAAGCAGCAAGCGCGCGGUUUUCGACACGGUGGGCUUCAAUUUGUUCCGAGCAUUAUUUGGGGUCGACGUUGGGGCGGAGCUUGGAAUCAUCUUUGAAUAUGACGGCACUUUCACACCUGCAGUGCUGGGAGGACCUGUCUUAGCUUUCCAAGGCCGAAGGCUGUCUGAGAUUCGUUCCACCGUCAUGAAGAAGGUGGAAGCUGGAGAAAUCGCCCGGAACUUCAUCGCCUUGGCAACAGAACGGGGUAUGUCGGGCAAGCAGCGCUUGGAUGAGAUGGUGUGGAUCGCUCUUUUUGCUGGAUACGGGGGAACAGGCAAUCUGGCAUACGAAACCUUGCGGCUGAUCUUGAAGGAUCCUGGCCUUUACGUUCCUAUGUUUCAACGAGAUGCUGAUGCAUUUAUGUUGGAGGCGGCUCGCAUCAAGCCGCCUGUCGGGGGCAUGAACCCAGCUCAAUUCCGCAAGUCCACUCAAAUCCACUUCAACUCCAUCGGCAAGACGUGGACCGCCCGUGAAGGCGAGCUCACGAUGAUGCUGAGCAGCGGCGCAAACCACGAUCCUUCAGUGUUCAAGGAUGCUGACAAGUUCAUUCCUGGUCGUGAGAAUGCGGAGAGGCUGCUGUCGUGGAAUAACGAGUGGGGUGCCUUCAAGACCUGUGACACCGUCGCAGGAUGCCCGGCAGCACCGCGUGGCUGUCCUGGAACUUUCCUUUCCAUGAAGCUCGCCAGGGAGACGGUGGCAGCCUUCGUCAAGACAUUGGCUACGAAGCCGAUUCCUGUGUCGGCAGAGCUUUAA